GGAUGGAGGAAAUAUCGGCCCAGGAAGCAGCAGGAUCUCCAAGGGUCCAGUUUCAGCCUUUGGAGACCCACUCUGAGGGUCUGUCCCCAGAGCCUCAGUUCGUGCAGGACACCGACAUGGAACAGGGACUCACUGGGGGAGGACAAACGCCCAAGGAGGCCCCCCACCCGACUCCGCUCUGGACCCAGCUCCCCAGCGGCCCCUAGGGAACCCGCGAUCGAGAUUAGACCUCCGAGCUGCCUAGACGGGCCCCGGAAGUGCGCGCCGAGGAGCAGGCGAUUCUAGUCCUCCUGGAGGCCGAGGUCGCCGACGCCGCCGGAACGCGCGGCCGGGUGAGCGAUGACUGCCCGUCCCUUGGGUCGGGUUCUGAAGACCUUUUAGAGAAGAUCCUGGCCUUGGUGCGGCACCGGGGACUGGACCCGGCCCAUGGAGAAGCUGCCUGAACAGACGUCCCCGGAGUCCCCGUGUCCGUCCCUCGAGCAGGAGCCUCGAAAGAGCAAGGAUGAGAAAACUGACACCCAGGAAGGAGAAGUAACUCACCCAAGGUCAUCCUGCUGGUGAUGGCAGAGCUGGAAUCCGAAUUCAGAUCCGCGGACUUCAGGUUGCUCCAGCCCCCACUCUGUUCCGCACACCGUAGUUACCAAGAGCCUGCGAGUUCCUGUCUUUUUUCAUCCCUGAUUCUCCCCAUUGGCCUAAGCUGGGCAUGGGGCGCCCGGUGAUGCUGACAUUAGAGGACAAAGACAUGAAGGGGUUCACCUGGGCCAUAGCCCCUGCCUUGACCUCCCUGGGCUACCUGCUUAUACUGCUGGUCUCCAUCUUCCCCUUCUGGGUUCGUCUGGUGAACGAGGAGUCCCAGGAAGUGUUUUUCAGUGGCCUGUUUGAGAACUGCUUCCAUAUCAAGUGCUGGAAGCCUCGACCCUUACCGGUUUACAUCAUCAUUGGCCGUGUUUUCCUGCUGUCCGCCGUCAUCUUGUCCUUCCUCACCACCGUCGUCAUGGUGUCCUUUGCAUCUCGGCUCUUUCCGAGGACCCGGAAGCACAAUCUUGUGUCAGGCUUCAUCAGCUUCCUCACAGGGGCCUGUGCCUUCCUGGCCUUGUCGCUGCACGCCCUGGAGAUCCGGAGCCUGCGGACGAAGCCCAGCCCCCCGCAGUCCUCCGUGCAGUGGCCUUACUACGUCCUGGGCUUUAGCAUCCUUCUGUUCCUAGUGGCGGGUGCCAUCUGCCUCGUUCAAGAAACAGCCUGCCUUAGCUGUCAUUUGUUGCCCAUUUCCCAGAGUACUGAGGAGACCCAAGAGAUCUCGCACCUGGAAAACGUGGAGAGUUUGGGAGGAGAACUGAGCUCCAUACAGAGGGAGACGCUGCUGAAGGAAGAAACAGUUAUCUAGACCAAGUUAGUCUGUGCCCUGCCCUUCAUCAAGCUGUGUGAGUGCACACGUGUCGGUGUAUGUGGCUCCCCCACCUCCACCAGUCUCUGCUACUUUUGAUGAGGCUCUUGAGUGUCAAAUCAACCCUCCACUUCCCCUACUCAAAGUGAUUCUAUCUUGCGUGUGUUUGAAAUUUGUUAAAAGCUUUCUGAAUUCUUCUGCGCUUUCUGAGUGAUUUUUUUGGACAAGUGUUUUCAAUAAAACGAUGACUACUGUCUGUUAA